CAGGGUAGUGAUUGCUUCCCAAUCUACCAGGCAGCACCUGCUGCGGCUGCUGCUACUAGCGCUGCUGCUGUAAUUCCUACUAUCUGCUACUCAGAGCUUGGAACGUAGCUGUGUCACUGUGUAUCGUGAGUAGUUACACUCCACACCAGACCAUUGCACAUUCUUGCCGGCGAUUUGUUCCAGUCGUCAGCAGUUCACCGUGUAAUUAUGGAAGGUGAACGCUACGCUUUCCUCGUGGAGUGGUAUGAUUCGCUAGCGGGCAUAGUGCGACGCUACAACUUCCUCUUCUAUCCUAAAGAUAGCAGCGUGGAAAUGAUUGAUGUGAAAAACAAGCGCAUAUUCCUGAAAUGUACCAAGGAGGAGUCUAUCAGGCUGGAUCACUGCUACAUUGGUUCAUCAGUUAAUCUACAUGGUCGACAACUGAAGUUUGUAGAGUACUCUGACACUUUCACCAAGACUAAACUCUCCAUGGCGAAAGAAAAGACUCUGGCGAUAUUCAAGCCGGACAUCAUGGAAAAAAUGCCUCUCCUGCUUGAGAUUCUCUGCACUGAAGGACUUCAGAUCUGUGAUGUGAAGACAGUUGUGUUGAGCAAGUCUGCGGCUGAAGAGUUUUAUCGCGAGCAUUGUGCUAAACCAUUUUUCAGAACUCUGGUAUCUUUCAUGACGGAAGGACCAAUCAUGGCGCUCAGCUUACUAGCCGACAAUGCCGUCAGCAGAUGGAGAGAACUUAUUGGACCAACAAACUCGGCUGAUGCCAGGUCUCAAGCUCCGGAUAGUCUCAGAGCAAGGUUUGGCACAGAUCAAACGCGCAAUGCCUGUCAUGGAUCAGAUUCAGUGGUAUCGGCCGAAAGAGAGACGGAGUUUUUCUUUGGAGCAGGCAACAGCAGCAGCCGUGGUCUUCAAGUCCCGGCAGAGUUUGACAACUGCACAUUGUGUUUGGUCAAGCCAUACACAAUGACACAAGGUCUGCUUGGGAGAGUAGCUCGUGAUAUUGUGCAGGCUGGUUUUGACAUCUCUGCCAUGCAAAUGUACCAUUUCGACAAGAGCACAGCAGAGGAGUUCUUGGAAGUCUACAGAGGUGUCGUUGCCGAAUAUUCGGAGAUGGUAUCUGAGUUGUGCUCAGGAGCAUGCGUUGCCAUGGCAUUAACUCAUCAACAUGGCAGUGCUUGUGUAGAGCAGUUCAGACAGUUUGUUGGACCAGCAGAUCCAGAGAUAGCUCGUCACUUGCGUCCCAGCACGUUGCGUGCAAAAUAUGGACACAAUAAAUUGAAGAAUGCUGUUCACUGCACGGACCUAGCUGAUGACGGUAUGCUGGAGGUUGAGUACUUCUUCAAGAUUCUCCAGUAACUACGGAAACAGACAAGACUUCAGUAACGGUUACAGCGCAUCCUCAGUAAUCGGCGUCACAAUGCAUUUUCAUUGAUGUGUUUUCUGUAACCGCUGGAAUGAAUAUUCAGCCGCCGGUGCAGCAAUGUUGUUGAGAGAUGCAAAGGCGAGGUUUGAUGAGCUGAUUUCGAUGUGAUAUUAAUCCUGAAACAUAAUGCAAUGCCAUAGUAAAUGACUGUCGGCGAAUUCAUUCCUUUUCGCUUUCAUUAUAAGAAGAGAAUUUAUCUUUCUGUUUGAACCACACAUA